GUGGAUAAAAAAGUUUGUAAUAAAAAAGAAAAAUGAAAGAUAUAUGGAAAGAUUACUACUUGUUUCUAGCAGUGUUUACGCUAGUUACACUUUCAGUUAAUAACGUCGCCGUUGACGCACUUAUAACAGUAUCUAACACCGUAUGCUUGUCUGAACCUGAUGGCGCUGUUCAUCCAAUACCAAUUUCUUGUUCGUACUACAUUUAUUGCUUGAGUCAGUAUCCGAUAGUGCGUUCAUGUUCAGUGGGCAAAGUAUUUAGUGCAGUUAAACGAAGCUGUGUUCUAGAUACCGAAAAUGCAUGUACCGUUUCGCCUCCAACAUUUAAUAUACAAGAGACUACAUUGCGUACAUGUAUUGAUAAUGAAGAAAGACCUCAAAAUAAACAAGCAUGUGCAAAUCAGCCAUUUGGUGAGCUCGUGCCAUAUCCUGGUAACUGCAGCAAAUUCUUGGUCUGUAAUUGUGAGUAUCCCACUGUAAAAGAUUGUCCUGGUGGCUUGUGGUUUAAUAAUGAAAUUAAAAAUUGCGAUUAUCCGCCAAAUGUUGAUUGCCAGUGGAGUGGUGGUGGUGACGUAACAGUUACAACGCCUGAUUCUACAUUACCAACUUAUACACCAACUAGUGAACCAUGUACUGCUCCUAUUGGCAUUAGCGACACUAGUUGUGAACAAUAUGAAGAUGGUACACUAUUUCGUUAUCCGUAUAAUUGUAAUGCCUAUAUCAACUGCACACAAAGUUGCCCAGUUCUGAAUUAUUGUCCCCCAGAUAAGGUGUUUAAUGCUUACCUUAGCAUUUGUGAUACACCGGACACAGCCAAAUGUGAAGAAUUGCCAAUGCCAACUACUAUUACAACGGAAGUAACGGAAACUACGACACCUGCAACAACCGAAAUUAUAACCCCGACUACACCAUUUGUUUGCACACCUAUUUACGGCGUCAAUGACGAUUUUUGUGAUCAUAAUUCACACGACAUUUAUUAUCGUUACGAGUACAACUGUACUGCUUACAUACGUUGUGCAGAUGAGUGUGCUGUUUUAGAGUACUGUAAGCCAGGUAAAAUAUUUAAUGUUAUGUUAGGUAUUUGUGAUACAUCAGCGACGAUGGAAUGCAACGAGACACCAUAUCCAACAGCUCCAACUGUCACCACAACUACGAGCAGCACAACAAUUGAGUUAACAACAGUUACCACAACUAUACCACCUACUCUGCCCCCAGAUUUGAAUCCCAGCAUGUGUGCUGGUACCGAAGAUAUUACUUCUCCCAUCCUUUAUCCAUAUGCAGGUAAUUGUGCUCAGUUUAUAGAGUGUUUAGCAGGUGAAUUAGAAUUACGUGAAUGUCCAAAUGGUUGGCUUUUCAAUCCGGAAUUACUGAUUUGUGAUGAACCACAGGAUGUGAUUUGUUAUAAGGAAACAACUACUACAGUUUUGCCAACCACAACGACUCCAGUGUACGAGUUGUGUAUUGAUCAAAUAAAUGGCACAACAUACCCAUAUACGUCUAAUUGUCAAUUUUAUUAUUACUGUUGGGGCAACGGUACUUCGGAAAUACUUUCAUGUCCCUUUAAUAAUUGGUAUAAUCCCUCUACAAAAGACUGUGGACCAGAAGUUUCUCCAACUGCGUGCUCUGAACCAACAACAACUACACCAAUUAUAACGACCACAUCAAGUCCAGCAAAGCUCUGCGAAAAAGAAUCAGAGGGCACCACAUAUCCACUUGAAAGUAACUGUGCUAAGUAUAUAAUGUGCAUGGGAUCUGGCAGUUAUCUAAUUUUAGAUUGCCCAAAUAAUAAUUAUUAUAAUCCCGAUACGACAUUUUGUGGUCCUGAUGUAUCACCCACGGCUUGUGAAGAUUGGACUGAACCAACUACAAUAAAACCUACUACAAGCUCUACAACGCAAACAACAACCUCCACAAAUGUUUGCGAAGGUGCAUCAAAUUUGAGUACAUUUCCGGUCUACGACAAUUGUUCACAAUUUGUUAUUUGCAAUCAUGACCUACCAACCCUAAUGGAAUGUGCAACGGGUUCUUAUUAUGUUCCAGCAGCUGGUAAUUGUGAAGUUGAUGCAUCACCAGAUGCUUGCAAGGAAUGGGUAAUAAGCACAACACCCGCUAUACCUACAACAACGCCUAUUGUUACCCAGAGCGUUUGUGGAAAUAAUACAAAUGGGGAACUAAUACCUUAUCCAGAUAAUUGCAAGAAAUAUAUUAUGUGCGUGUAUCCUGCGCCAGUAGCUUUUGAAUGCGAAAAUAACUGGUACUUUAAUGAGCAGCAAAAAAAAUGUGAUGUUGAAGGUAAUACGAGUUGUGGACAGCCGACAACAACACCCAGUACGACAACUUCAACUAUAUCUAGUACAACUUCAAAUCCUACUAAUAACAUUUGCGAAGGACAAUCACCAAACACUACAUUCCCCUAUACUGAAGAUUGCCGAUUUUAUAUACGUUGCACUGGUAAUAAUAUCUAUAUGUAUGAGGUAUGCAAUGGGAAUGAGUUUUACAAUUCAAUAUUGGGUAACUGUGAAGUAAGUGCUGAUGCUAAUGCUUGUCGACAAGAAGUGACUACCACAACUCCACAACCAACUAAGCCACCACCACAGCAGGUGAAAGUUUGUGCCGAUCAAACGCCUGGUACUUUGAUACCCUAUCCAGAAAAUUGUACAAAAUAUAUAGUAUGUGAGUCUCCAAUACCAGUUGCAUAUGCAUGCGAUGAUAACUUGGAAUUUAACGCAGUAAUGCAAACUUGCACAGAUGCUGAAGAUGCGAAUUGCAGUAUUAAAACGACACCAAUUGUGCCAACGACACCACCAGCAGAUUCUUGUGAUAAUUUACCUGAUUUCAGUACCUUACCUAAUCGUAAUGACUGUUCAGAGUUUAUUUAUUGCUUAAAUGGACAACCAUAUCCAGCUAAGUGCAUGCCAGGUACCUAUUAUAAUAUACAAACAGGUAAUUGUGAUAGUAAAACAUCGUCAACGGCCUGCAAAUCUGAGUCAACAACUUCUACAAAAGUAAGUAGUACAGUAACGACUCCUAUUACCACUACAAGCACUUUUUCCACUACUACAGCGACAACAGUAACAAGCUCCACAAUUACAACACCCACAAGCUCAGAAGCAACAACAACAACGGAUUCGUCAACUGCUUCUCCAAAUAUCUGUGAAAAUGAAGCUACUGGCACAACCUUCCCUUAUCCAAACGACUGCAGCCAAUAUAUAAUAUGCGUUAAAGGUCAAGUUAUUUAUGCUUUGUGUCAACCAGGUACAUAUUACAAUAAAGAAACAGAAAAUUGUGAUUUUCAAACCUCCCCCACUGCCUGUAGGGAGGGAUAUGAAACGACUACAGCUAUUGACACUACCAUACCGACUACACCUCCUCCAACUACCACAGAGACAACGGCUGCAACAAGCACAACAUUACUGACAACUACUACAGAAUUAGCGACAACUACUGUAGCUACUCCAUCGGUAUGUGCUAAUAAAACUACAGGCACAAUAUUACCUUAUCCGGAAGACUGUAGUCAAUAUAUUAUAUGUAUUAAUGAACAACCAGUAUAUGCGAAAUGUCAGCCUGGCACAUAUUAUAAUAAAGAAACAGAAAAUUGUGAUCAUCAAACUUCAUCAACAGCAUGUCGUGAAGAUAUUGCUACAACAACUACUCCCAUAAUCACAACUAUUGACACUACCAUACCGACUACGCCUACUCCAACUACCACAGAGACAACGACUACAGAAUUAGUAACAACUACUGUAGCUACUCCAUCGAUAUGUGCUAAUAAAACUACAGGCACAAUAUUACCUUAUCCGGAGGAUUGUAGUCAAUAUAUUAUAUGUAUUAAUGAACAACCAGUAUAUGCGAAAUGUCAGCCUGGCACAUAUUAUAAUAAAGAAACAGAAAAUUGUGAUCAUCAAACUUCAUCAACAGCAUGUCGUGAAGAUAUUGCUACAACAACUACUCCCAUAAUCACAACUAUUGACACUACCAUACCGACUACGCCUACUCCAACUACCACAGAGACAACGACUACAGAAUUAGUAACAACUACUGUAGCUACUCCAUCGAUAUGUGCUAAUAAAACUACAGGCACAAUAUUACCUUAUCCGGAGGAUUGUAGUCAAUAUAUUAUAUGUAUUAAUGAACAACCAGUGUAUGCCAAAUGUCAACCUGGCACAUAUUAUAAUAAGGAAACAGAAAAUUGUGAUCAGCAAACUUCAUCAACAGCCUGUCGUGAAGAUAUUGCUACAACAACUACUCCCAUAAUCACAACUACAACAGAGAGCACAACUAUUGAAACAACUACAACUGAGUCACCAAUGGGUCCCUGUUACAACCAACCAUUGGGUACACUUUUUCCAUAUCCAAAUAAUUGCAGUAAAUAUGUUGUAUGUCAAGAACCAAUACCAGUGGGAUAUGACUGCCCCGUUGGUUUGGAGUUUAAUGCUGAUUUAAAACAAUGCAUGCCACCUGAUGAGGCUAACUGUAGUAUAAAAAUAACAACAACUACUAUACCGGCAACAACAACUGAUAUACCGUCAACAACAACUAAAGUUCCUACAACAACAACUGCUGCUCCAUCAUCAACUGUAACCAAAACUACGCAAACUCUUACAACACCAACGGAAAUACCAACCACAACACUCAAUCCAAACACACAAAAUGUUUGUUGCGGACUUCCUCUGGGUACACGCUUAGCCUAUCCUAAUGAUUGUAAACGUUUUAUAGUCUGUGAUUACCCCAUACCCUUUGCCGCUUAUUGCCCAGCUAAUACAAUUUUUAAUGAAACAUUGUUACAAUGUGUUUUUUCAGCAGACAAUCAAUGUCCAGACAGUGAAAAUGAAGCAACGUCAAUAUUGCCAGCGAUUACAUCUUACACAUGGCCACCAUGGCCAUCUGUAAAAGAUGGAACAUCGUGUGUAAAUGCAGCUUCAGGUUCACAAUUUGAAUACCAAGGGGAUUGUAAUAAAUACAAUUUUUGUUUUGGUGGACAAAAUGUCGUUCUGAGUUGUUCCGAAAAUUGGUAUUUUAAUUCCCAAAUGAAGUUAUGUGUGCCGAGUGAAAGUUACAGCUGUCCUUGGUAACCUCAAAAAUUUAACAUCAAACCCAAUUUUGUAUGAAAUGCAAUUACAUCAAUAAAAAUAUUUUGUGAAGUUACUUUUAUA